GGUUGUGAAACCAUUUACUCCGCACCAUAGACGUCACACCCGGUGUUCAGAGGUAUAGUAAGGUUCAAGGUACUGUACAGCAUCGCCACAUAAUGACCUGCAAGGAAGAGUCCAUUGAGAUCUGUGCCAAAGGACGUGGCCUGGAGGCCAUCGUCUCUCUGCGCCAAAACGAAUUGAUCCAGAACCUGCGCGCUCUGGUGGCCGUACGUUUCGAACUGGCCAUCUCGCAGAUCGUAUUGGUCUUUGCCGGCGAGGUGCUGCGCGACGUGGGCACCAUCGACAGCCGCGGCAUCAUCUCUGGGGUCACGGUACACGUGGUGUGUCGUCCAGAGCUGCCGGUCUCAGUUGCUCCGGUGGAUAGCUCUUUCCAGCUUGAACCGCAGCCGGAUCCGUUACGCUCGCGGGCUGCCGCUACUAUUGCACGAGUGCUCGGACAUCCUAGACUGCUGCGUAACCUGUUCCAGGCAGAUCCUCGCAUCCGUUGCCUGAUAGAGAGGGACGCGGCGCUUCGCCAUUUCCUGAACAGUGACAAGAACCUUCGCGAGGUUGUCUUGCAGGUCUUCGGUCCGGCCAGGCAAGAAAUGGAACGACGUCGAGAUCUUUACCAUUUGCGACUGGAGCUGGUGCCUGGUGGGUACAAGCUGCUGGGCCGGCUGAGCUAUCUCGUCCGCCAGGCCUACGAGAAUAAUGUGGCCAAGACCUUCCAGAGAGCCCGGCCCGACUCGGAUGACGGCACGAAUCCGCAGCGCGGGCUGGAGAACAAGCAGCCAUUGCCGAAUCCGUGGCUCCUGCCAGUCCCAUGGAACAACAUGGACGCAAAAUUGCGGUCAAGGCGUAACCGCGUCAUAAAAGCCAUUCGGGCGCACCACCUUUUCGAGGAACGGGAGUUCGCUGAGGAGCAAGAGAAUGCUACGAGUCCACCGCCAACACCAUCUGUGCGCCAGAAGAAGGCCACAACACCACCGCCCACUCCGGUAAAGAGAACUGUUCGCCAUGUUUACCAGGCCCAGCUGGAUGAGCUGGUCCAGAAGGGCUACACGGAUCGGCAUUGCAACCUGCGCGCCCUCCAGAUCUCCCUGGGAAACGUGGACAGCGCUGUCCGGUUGCUAGACCACUGGAAUCGUUCGCGCGAAUAACGAGUUGUGUUCCAACUACCAUUUAUUUCGUUUUGUUUUUGGCAAACAGACAGGCAGUUCGACUGCAUCAUUGUAACCCAACCGAAACCAUUGACUUCCACUCAAUUAUAUACAAUUAAAGAUCGGAAGAAUUAUAAAUUUACGUUGUAGUUAUGCGGCUGCAGUGUAUUUUAUUUGA